AUGGCUCACGUCGGCUCGAUCCCCCCCGCCUCCACCCAAGACACCCCGAGUCCGGAGGCCAGGCAAGUCAUGAACGCCAAGGCGGACGAACAACUCCUGCGGUUCAUCCUUCUCGUGCACAUUCUCAAGACGGCCGGCCUCACCACAGGCGAGGUCAACGCAUGCCUGAUGAAAUACAUCGAGACGCUCUCUCCGGAGGACCUGGAGUCGCUGACGUCCAAACUCCCUCACGUGAAGGAGGACCUCGGCGGCGACUGGACCGCAAACGCGGAGGCGAUCGCCCGGCUGAGCCACAACCGCAGCAUGCCGGUCCAGGUCGUCGCUCUGUAUGCGCGCAAGGCGAAGGUCCAUCUUCUGGACGACCCGGCCUGGGCGCAUGGCGCAAACGGCUGGCUGAGGGCGUUGCUGCACGCCCUUGCUCGCGAUGCUGCCGCAAAGCAGCAGGACUCCGCGCCGGCCUGGACGAGCAACCCGGACUGCGCGCUCUGGCUCCCCAUCAUGGCGCGCGUGCGUCUUGCCCUCUCAGAGGGCGAGUGGGUGGCGCGGCUGUCCAAGGCCGUCCGCCAGGCCUACCACAUCGGCUGGCUCGGCGUCUUCGGCGUCAGCCCUGACAGCGAGGAGGGCCUGGCUGUCCUCAACCGCGCCACCCCAACCCCAAUCAACCGCUCCGCCAAAACCACAACGUUCCCGGAGCGGCCGCUGGUCGUCCGCAUGGCCAUCGACAAGCGCCUGCGCAACCCCAAACCGACCAUCACCACCCCGCCUCCCACUUCCACUCCCACUCCGACCGCGAACUCCACCGCAACCACCAGCAAACGGACGACGCCACUCCCCCCACCCAUCCUCACCCCAUCCUUCUUCGCCGCCCAAACGCACAACAAAGCCUACCUCUCCGCCAUCAAGGCCCUGCCCACCCUCGCAGACCGCACGGCCUUCCAUCUCUGCAUCCAGGCCGGUCUGCCCAAGAUCCCGCGCGGCGCCGGCAACAAAUCCCAGCCGCCGCGGCAGGAGGGGAAGAAGAACACCGAGGAGGCGGCGGCCAAGAAGGCGUCAGACACGGCGGCGGGGAAGAAGAAGACAUUCACGUCGGGGAAGAAGAAUUUGGGAUUGGGCAAAAAGGGGGCAGCUGCGGGAAAGAAGGGAGCGGCGGGAAAGAAGGGGGAAGCGGGCAAAUAA